AUGGGGGCAGAAUAUUAUCACGAAACGGUUGGUAUUACUGCAGAUAACUCCGUUUUUUACGAGCUGGUUUCGUUGAUUGCGCACAACGGCGAACCUGGGGGUGGUCAUUAUAUUAACUGGUGCAAAGAAGCUAAUACCACAUGGACGGCUUGCGAUGAUGGCAUCACAACUGAAUUAAAUGACUUCAAAGACUGGGGCACUCAUCACAAAACCCAAGAGAGUGCAUAUUUGUUAAUAUAUCGUCGAAUUGACCGCAUUCCCAAUGGAGUUCAUGAGCCAAAAGUUCAGGAAACCAUUCAGACACCCGGGCCGAAAAGAGGCCUCGAUGAAAGCACUCAGACAGACUUGACUUCAAAUGAGCAUAAGAGGAGCAAGAAUGGGCACUCUGGCAACUUCAUAGUCAGGUACAAUGCGCCGGAUGGAGUAAUAUUGAUGGAAUUAGAUGUCCCAAGCGAUAGGAUUACUUUCCCAAAGGAUGCGACAAAAGGCUCUGUGGAAAUCGAUUGGGCGGACAAUAACAAAAAUAUUCUCGAUCAUCUCAUUGUACAGGGAGGAGGAUUAAGGAGAACUCCUUCUAUUGAUUUAAAGAGACGCGGCGAAGAGGAGAGACUUCAGAUAUUGAACGAGCGACUUGAAAAAGAGGGAAAGAUUGUUGAAAAAGCGGAAGAGGAUAAUAGGAAGGAGAAGGAGAGUAUUGAGAAAGCGAAAGAGGAUAUUAAGAGACAGAAAGAGAAUAAUAGAAAGGAGAAGGAGAGUAUUGAGAAAGCGAAAAAGGAGAUUAGGAGGGAGAAGGAGAGAGUUGUUAAACGGAAAGAAGAUAUCAAACAGGAAGAACAUAAAAAAAAAGAAAGCUAA